GGGUGAGAAAAUCGAACGCGACUACCAGACACAUUUUUCCCCUCUUCUUUCAAAAUUCAAACUUUAAGAUCUGAAUACUAGGGCUUCACCCCGGCAGAUUUUAAAUCAGUUUCUGUAAUUACGUAGUUUGAAUGGAAGAAUUGACAACGAUGAUGAAACCCUAACUGAAUUUGAAUCCUGCGACUGUGAGUGAUUCGUAGAAGGGCAUCUUGUUUAGAUCUUCAAGUUGAGGGUUUUGCAGUUCUGAGGAAUUUGGCACCAUUUACUCAUAUAUCCACAUUUGAGAAUCUUGGGAAUUAUGUUUUUCUUGAUCAUGUUCGUCGUGUUCAUAACCAUUUGAAAGAUGGGAUAAAAUCUGUCUUGGUGUUGAUUUCCUUGAACAAGUGAAUAGUCUGAGAUGGAAAAACAAGAAUGCGGCGUAGUAGGAGAGUAAAUUCCUCAAGUAAUGCUGCUAAGUGUAAAACUCAAGCUGAACAGCUGGUUGCAGAAAUCACUGGGGAGGCAUUGAAAGAAUCUGUGGUUCAAUUAACCUCAGAUAGUGAUUGCAGAAACUGUAAAGUUAAGAAAGAGAAACCAACUAAGGAGAUAGUUAAAGAAUUUGUACGGGUUAAUUCGGAUGAAAAAAAGAGAACGUUGGAUGCAGCAUUAGGUAAACUGGGAUCUGUAGAAGUUCACCCUUUGUUGAAAAAGUGCAAAUCUGGGCAAUGUUUGAAACCAAAAUUAGUGGUUGGGCCUGCUGUAACCCCUCUGACUGAUGGAAGUAGAACUCCAGGAUCAUUCUGUAGUAAUGAAAGUACUUCUGAGAAGCAGGAACACAGUGGAAGUUCUGGAAAGCGACGCUGUAAUAGAUGGGAUUCACAGUCUGAAGGAGAAGGGGAAGGAAAUGAAGGUGAUAGGGGUAACAAAAGGAGGAAAACCAAGUGGACUGACAAUGGUUCCCUACUUAAAAAACUCGGUCCUUUAAAAUUGCCUGACUUUGUUAAAGUACCUGUUUCCAUUGCUGAUCCACAAAGGCACGAGCUGAAUGAACGACUUUCCGUUAUAAACAGUAAGCUGCAGAGAAAAGAUCUCCAUGAUGAUUGGCCAGAGGAAGAAUGGUCUCCUUUUCCCCCACCACUGGAUGAUAACUUGGAGUCCGGAAUGAACUCAAAGGAUCUCAGAUUGCGUGAAAAACUUAUUCAAGAACGACAAGCUAUAAUAUCAAGGUUGAUUCAGAAGAACCCCACCUUCAGAAGUCCCACUCCUGAACCAAAGCCCUCGGUGUUUUUUAAGAAACUUUACUUACCAGUCAGGGAAUAUCCAGGGUAUAACUUUUUUGGUCUUAUAAUUGGUCCAAAAGGAUAUACACAAAAGCGAAUGGAGAAAGAAACUGGAGCUAAGAUCACGAUUAAAGGAAAAGCUUCAGGAAAUGAUAGAGAAAAAAUGGCUGUUCGUUCUGGCAAUGAAGAUUUGCAUGUCUUGGUCCAGGCAGAUAACCAGAAAUCAGUGGAUGAGGCUGUUUCAAAAGUCGAGAAGCUUCUCAUUCCCAUUGAUGAUGGACUGAAUGUUCACAAACAUGCACAGUUACAGGAACUUUCCAAAAUAUGCAGAAUUUGUGGUGAGGAGGGGCACAAGAGUUAUGUUUGCCCUUGUCAGAGUUCAUCUUUUCAUAGCUCAUGCAGAAGAUGUGGUGGAAGCCAUGUCUCUUUUACUUGCCCUUUCGUGUCACCAACUUUGAGUAACAGUGGCAGCAAGAAUUCGUCGGGUAGUUCACCAUCUUACUGGUCUUAUUCUCAGUCCAGCAUUGGGUCAACUCCACCAACUGUUGAGAGUAAAAUCCGUAAAGAAGUUGAUGAGAGAAAUCUAUUUGUGAGUCAUCUACCCUUAACCGUGGAUAAAAAUCGGUUGAUGGAGCUAUUUUCUCCUUUUGGCACUCUCAUUGAAGCUAAAGUGAUCAACUACCGAAACACAGGUUUCUAUAAAGCUUAUGGUUUUGUUAGGUAUGACAGUCCUGUAAAUGCCGCUGCAGCUGUAGCAGCCAUGAAUGGGUACCUCAUCAAUGGAAAGACAUUGGAGGUGAAGCUAGCUGGAAAUGUGCAUGUAGCAGGAUUAUCCCCUAGGAUAUCCAUACUUCCAAAGUACCCUGCAACCAUAUUGAAAGACAGCCCGAGUCAGACAACUUGCCCAUGCCCACCAGGACCGAUGCUGUCCUCGCCUCGAACUCCCGUUUAUAAGUGUGAUGCCCUAGGUUUACCGCCUGUAUCCAUCUUCCCUGGCCACAAUGAUUCUUCAGGCAAAAAGUUACCUUCAUCUCAGGGAUCAUCAUCAUACAAUUUCCCAUAUUCAUCACCCAGUUCAGUUGUGUGGUUCCCUGGUAGGCGGGGCCGAAUCUCCCCAGGUUACAGAUCAAACUUUUUCAGCACACCAACAAGUAGUCAAUCUCCUCAACUUUAUCUCACUCCACCGGUGGGCAGAAGACUGACACCUCUUUCUUGCUAGCCAGCCCUGAUAAAAAGGUAUGAAGCUUGAAAAUCUGAGAAUGGAAAAUGUAGUAAGUGAAGCUGCCAUUUUCUGCUUACUACAUAAAAACAUCGCAGAAAGUUGACAUCAUGUUCCUGUGGAGCCAAAUCCAUUUUCAGAUCUUUUUGGCAUGAUUGCACGAGAAAGGGUGAUGCCAAAUUUACAACUGCUAUGGAGAUGGUUGGGAAUUUCUAAGGGAAAAAAUUUGUUUUGCCUUUUCUCCUUGGCUUCGAGUUUUAUGUCUUCCAGGACCUGCAUUUGUUUCCGAUUAGUGUAAAUAACAUUUAAUGUCUGGGAACUGACUCCCAGGUGGUAUUUCUUGUAUAUGAAAGAUGUAAAUAUGUACAUUUGUUGAAAAAUGUAACCAAAUUUUGGCUACCAUAAAAAAUGUUUCUCUGCCAA